AUGCAUCCAUUUGCGUCGUACAUUCUUCGCAGUUACUACAAAGCCACUGGCUGGAACGAAGAUAACCUCUAUGCCAACAUCACACGCUCCUCGAAUGCAAUUCUGGACUUCACUGUCCCGAGAGGGCUUCACCUUUCCGUGUCGAAAUCGCCCAACUCGCUGUUCAAGACGACCUACUCGAUGAACGCCAUGCCGUCGCUGAACGGCUCGAUUGGGUACAUCUUCACAUCCUGUGAGCUAGACAUCAAAUCGUCAGGCAACGCCCGCUUCAAGGACAUGCUGGAGCGAUUUCGAGUCUACGACCAGCCCCGAAGACCGGAGCCGAAGGAAGAGGAGUUCUUUAACGGAGAGCGCGUCGACAAGCGCGAUUACCUGCUCUAUGGGCGGUUCUACCUCCCCACGGGCAGGUUAGACGCGCUGUACUCGACUCAGGUCGCAGUGCGAGGUGGUAACGCGAGCAAUCUAAUAUUCAACCUCCAGCACGAUGUUGGGAAGUGGUGCACUGAGUACACUUGGAGUGCAGAUGACGGUGUGCCGGCAGUUGACGCGUCGUCUGCCGAGCAAGAAAAAGUUCGCAGUCCUGGGAUGAAGCGCGUUGACGAAGAAGACCCCAUUGAAGGCGGCUUGAAAGGACGCGUAUCAGCUGGCGCAGAAGUAUAUUUCAGUGCGAAAGAGCGAAGUGCAGGCAUAUCGACUGGUUUUCGAUUCACUACCUUCCCUGACGCUACUCCGCCUUCCUUCCAGGCACCAGGCUCAGCCUCGUCUCCACUCGGCGCUAAAGGGCCACCCUCCCAACCCCCCACAACUAUCACGGCUCUCUUCAACCCGAUGUUGGGACACAUUUCCAGCGCCUACUCAGCCCGCGUGUCCCGUGAUCUGUCCAUGUCCUCUCGUUUCGACUUCAAUGUCUACAGCUAUGAGAGCGAAUGGACGCUGGGAACGGAGUGGUGGAUGCGGUCUUCCGACGAAAGUGAGGAUCCCUCAGCCAACCCCCGGGCCUCUUCUCCAAAGGGAGAAAUACGAGGGGUUGUAAAGGCCCGCGCUUCCACGAAAAAUGACGUGUCAUUGAUGUGGGAGGGUCGAAUUCGCAACAUGCUUGUCAGCUUGGGCGUCGUCUCAGACUUUUCCAGUCGGACUAAACCUAUCAAGGCAAUAGGUCUCGAACUCUCCUACUUUAGUUCGGACCAAUAA